AUGAUCGUUGGAAGGUUUCGCCACUCUGACCUGAAUCAGAGAAUUGAGGUAGAAGACGGAGAUGAUGUCACUCUUCAGGGUCGUCUUGAUAACUCCACCAACUUGUCUUCCUACACCUUCGAUGUGGCGAGACUCGACCUCGGUAUCUAUGGUGAUGUCUACUCUUAUCGACGGGGAAAGGACCACCUGGAUGACCAGAUGGAUCGAUACAGAGACAGAACAACUCUCAACCAUGAAGACCUGAUCAGAGGCAUCGUGACUCUGAAGAUCUCCUCAGUAACUCUGUCUGAUAGUGGAUCAUACAAAGUCUACGUCCCAAAACUGGAAGCCAGUUUUAUCGUUAACAUCAUUGUUGCACCCAAAGGCCAAUUGAGCGAGACGAAGAGAAAUGAUCCAACCACAACUAGUCCUCCGGCUACCAGUCCUGAAGGUGAAAAUGUGAAGGCUGCCCGUGCUCAUAUCGCUCCCAUUGUUGUGCCAGUUCUUGUCGCUGUCAUCGGUGUUAUCAUAGUUCUGGUGAAACUUGGAAUUAUGCAGAAAUACACGAGGCAGUUCAGAGAAAGGAGGAAUCAUCAAGCAGAGACUGCAAACGCCGCUGAACUGUCCGAUGACCUCAUCGACCAAAAACCAGUCCUGGACCUGGGGGGCCUCGCUGCAGACCACACAGGAAACCACGAGGAAGUAGUGUAGUGGUACCCCUCGUUUUUAACGACUACUCAAAGUGUUUUUACAGAGUACAAGAAUUAUUCACAC